AUGAAUAAUCCUUUACCAAUAGGGAAGCGUGACAUGGAGGAUAACAAUGGAGACAGGGAGGACAGUGAGCGCUUGGAGGGUAUGGAGGGUAGGGAUGACAUUCAGGGCAUGGAGGGCAAUGAGGGCAAUGAGGGCAAUGAGGGCAAUGAGGACAAUGAGGGCACGGAGAGCAGUUAUGACAUGGAGGAUCUACUGUACUGGCACGAAAAGCUCCAAAAAUAG